GUUAGAAGCUUCCGUGCUCGCUGCAGUUCUCGGUUUGCGGUCCCUCCUGGAAGCCUGCUGGUAUCUAAAAUGAAUGAUUGGACUCCUAUCGCAAAAGAUUAUGACCCUCUUAAGGCUGGCAGUAUUGAUGGUACAGAUGAGGAGCCACAUGAUCGCGCUAUCCUUAGGGCCAUGUUGGCUCGUUAUGCGACCAAUAAAAGUGUUGUCGGAGAUCCCCAGUUAACAUUAUUUGUGGCUAGGUUAAGCCAACAAACAACAGAGGAAAAGCUAAAAGAAUUUUUUUCUCGUUAUGGAGAUAUACAGAGGAUCCGAUUGGUUAGAGACAUUAUUACUGGGUUUUCAAAAGGCUACGCUUUUAUUGAAUAUAAGCAAGAGAGUGCUAUCAAAAAAGCCUACAGAGAUGCUAACAAACUGGUAAUUGAUCAGCGUGAAAUUUUUGUAGAUUAUGAACUGGAGAGGGUGCUGAAAGGAUGGAUUCCACGUCGCCUAGGUGGUGGGUUUGGUGGUAAAAAAGAAUCUGGACAAUUGAGAUUUGGAGGACGUGACAGACCUUUCAGGAAACCAAUUAAUUUGCCACUCUACCCAAUUAAUGCUUGCACUGAAGGACAUGUUGAUAAAAGGCACAGAUCUCGGUCUAGAGAAAGACAUCAAGAAUGGAGAGUGAAGAAAACAGAUUUUUUUCGGGACAGAGGAGUGGAAGGCAGGCGGCAUGAUAGAUCACAUAAUCGACACAACAAAGAACAGACUGAAGAGAGACGUUACAAAGAGGAGCGAAGCAGAGAUCAUGACAGAGGUGAAAAACACAGACGAAGAAGGGACAAAAGUAGAGAAAAAGACUUCAAGGAAUAG